AUGCAUGUGGAUGUCGAUCAUUCAAAUGAGGAACACAAGGUGGUACUGGAACGCAGUGACCAGGAGGCUGCUGCAAGGGCAUCAAGGUACAAUCGUCAGAAAAAGGAGCGAAGUGAGAUACCGUGCCCUGUAGUUAUCACCAUCUACAACAAGCACAAGGGCGGUGUAGACCUUUUAGACUCCCUCAUCUCCGUUCACCGUCCCUACCUGAAAUUAAAGCGAUACUAUUUUCGUGUUUUUCUGAACAUCCUUGACUUGACAGCUGUAAAUGCUUGGUUGCUAUACAAGAGGAAUGCCUUGAGCAAAAAAGAUGAGUACGCAGAAAGGGCCGACUUCAAGAUGGACCUGGCUGCAUCACUCUGCAAGGCUGGGAAGACGGUGGUGAAGAAGCGAGGAAGGCCUAGCAACGAGUCAAUAGAACAAGCCUCUCAGGAGAAGAGAAAAAGGGGACCAACAGAUCCAGCUCCAACUAAAGACGUCCGGCUAGAUCAGGUUGGUCACUGGCUCCUUUGGAACCAGAAGCGGCAGCGCUGCAAGUUUCCAAGCUACACGGGAAUCUGCAUGAGCUACUGCGUAAAGUGUGAAGUGCACCUCUGUUCGACAAACAAGAGCAAUUGCUUUUUUUGCACCAUUCGCCACCUCGCAGGAGGUGAUGGAUACAAGUCCCACUUCUUUGGCGCCUCAGACACCGAAGGAUAG